GCGGUCCCAGCCACCUAGUCUCAAAGUACGGCGUAGACGAUGUUGCAAAAGCGAUGGCAACAGAAGUCCACCCUGCUGACGAAGAGACACUCGCCAUUGUCAAGGACGCACUCCUCUCAUCCUUUUCCGACAAGGACCGCAUGCCCGGUCACAUACCAACAUGGCUUCCGGAUGGCAUGGGCAACGCCGGAUACUCUACGGGUCACUACGUUGCUGUCGGAUGCUUCGACGAAAACGGCGAGGCUUCUCUUCGUGAUGGCAAGGUUCCGGAAGGACGGCACGCCGAAGUGAGGCGAGUGCGGGAUGGCGAUGGCGGUGACUUCGGCGAGAUCCUCACUACGCACGAAGAUGGCGAGGAAGCUUGGGAGAGCGCUUACACUGCAUGUUCAGUGAGGAGCGAGGGCGGCGUUCCGAACGUCUUCUUUUGCGAGCGCUGUUACGCAUACCUCGAGGAGUGGCAGUCUCUCCCGGCUUCCGCCUCUGAAGGCGCGCAGGCCCCUUCUGCCGCGGAGCUGUACGAGAUCGUCAACUCUCGCAAAGCGCGAAGAGAUGAGAUUACUGGUCUGCUGCCGGACAUCGAUUACGAUGGCAUCGAGGCCAGCCUGAAUCAGUGGCAAAGCCAUUUCAUUGCUUGCCGACGCGGCUCAAAACACCUGGCCCACGCUAUCAACACGGGCCUCCGCGGAGCGGACCUCAUCCCCGCCAUCCUGCAAGACUGUCGUGCAUGGAUGUUCAUGCGACCAGAUGUCUGGCCAGAAUCUCCCAAGGCCAUGCAAAUUCCCACAUUCGCUGAAUACCCUCUGGCACGGGGCUCCACGAUGCCGCGGAUAGGGAACCUACCAAACGAACUCCUAUUGCUCAUUCUGCAUGACCUCCCCCUCCCAUCCCUCUUGGCGCUUUCCGCUACAUGCCGUUCCCUCCGCGCGCUCAUAACCGCGCCGGCCUUCCUGGAUCAGGUGCUCAAGGAAGCGAUGACCCAGGGCAGCCUACGUUGGCUCCUGCCCGUCGAGGGCCUUCUAGACGAACAUGAACGCGCAUGUGCUGCUCUGCAGACGUGGAUGCCGGAAGAACAUCGUCCCACUCCGGCUCCGUCUUCUCUGGCGCCGUCGAACGACGUGGAAGCGCGUGCUGCCAAUGCGGCGGAGCCGCCCAUCAAGCCGCUCGUCAUGUCUCCGCACUUCCAGCGCCUCGCUUUCGUGCGUGCCUGCUGGCAGUCGGACUCGAUGAUGAACAGGAAGCGGCUGUGGGGCCAGGUGAAGCAGUUUGAAGGGCUCUGGGAGGAUUACCGCUUGCAUGGCUGGCAAGUGGACCGGUUCUACGCGUAGUGGAGCUGCGGCCUCGUGCUACCGGACGCUUUCGACAUUUCGACUACGGUCUAUGAUCGCUUCUUCUCCUUCGCUAUAGACAUUUGGUUGACAGAUACCCUCUCGUAUCAUUUUCUGAGCAUGCAUUGAUACCCUACCUGCAAUCUUCAUAUCACAUAUCUCUGUACUUCUUUCAUUCAGCUGAAUAUAAUGCGGCGCUAUGAUC